CGACGUCGCGAGAAUGUUUUGUUCUCCAGCGAAGUGAACGCGCCAUAACUGAGAACCUCAUCACUCACGUGACCAUUGUCAUGUGACACGAGCACACGGAAGGCGACCGUGUAAAACUUAUAUCUAAACAUAAGCGUUGGUACCACUAUAUAGUAAUUUCUGGUUUAUUCAGACAACGAAAUUGUUUGUGUAUAUGUAAAAAGUCCUCCCGAGGGUGAGAGGAUUAAAGUGCCUCCAUGACGGCGAGGGUGACUGUUCUGUACUUUGCUAAGAGUGCCGAGUUAACGGGUCACAGGUCGGAGGUCGUGCCAUUGCCGGCGGCAACUAGUAGCUGUCAGCUCUGGGCCCUCCUCCUGGAGGUCCACCCCAGCCUCGCUGCUCUGCAGGACCAGGUGGUGCUCGCCGUCCGUCAGCAGUACGUUGCCCUCAGCGACCAGGCCCUCCUCCUUGCGGACGGUGACGAGGUCGCCGUGGUGCCGCCGCUCAGCGGAGGCUAA